AACUGCGGAUACUUUUUAAAUGACCUAAUAUAUGUAUAUAUAUAUAUAUUUAUUUCAAUGUAAUUUGUUCUCUGUAUUCUAUUCUAUAAGAUGAACUGUGAAGGUUAACUUGUAGAUAUUCAUCUUUCAAUGAAAAAUAUUGUAUAUAAAGAUUUACUACUGAUUUAUUGCCAGCUAAUGAUUAAUUAAUAAAUUGUUGUUUUUAUUUCUAAAGUUCUCUGUUAUUUAUUAUGCUCUUCAGUCGAUCAGGGUUUCUCAGAAUGCAAAUAUCGUGAUAAUUAUAUUCCCGAAUUUCGCAAUUAUGACUCAAUCGGCCUUGAACGAUUUAUCGCGAAACUGUAAGCUACCUCUUAAUAUCGAUGCAUGGAUGUAAUUUAAUUCGUGCGAUCUCGCAUGUAUUUUCAAUCUCUCGUUCCUCUGAUAUAAAUGCGAAAAUAAGAAGCGUUUAUUAUUAUUACUUCCGUUAAUCCUUAUUUUCGUGCACAGAGCUCGGUAACGGUAUUUCGUGCACGAACAUCUUGCAUUCUCGGAAAUUCUAAGACAAUGCCGACCGAAGAGGCAUCACGUUGCAAUUUCGCAUUAUAUACAUAUUAAUCGGCACGUUUUCGAUAUGAAAUGUAUAAAUCUACAUAUUUCUCUUUGUGAUGAGUUCUUUAAAGUUAUCGUUUCAUAAGAGUUGAAAAGACAGACGUGAUUUAUUAAAUCGGGAAGACACAUUAUUGAGAGCCGCUUCUCGCAUCAUGACUUCAACUAAGAAGAUUCUACUUCUACUUUUACCACUCGAAAUUGUACUAUUAAUUGUGACAAUAUAUCAUUCAAAUAAUUCUGGGUACAAUGACAAUACAGCUGUGGAACCGCAGAUAAUCAGGCGUCGACGAGCAAUUAGGCGCGCCAAUAUACAUUAUUGCAAGUUCAAUCAGUACUAUGAUCAAGAGGAAGGCCGUUGUUUAGGUGUGCCAGGAGGCGGCAAAGUACUUCACAUUGAAAACAGACAAUCAUGUGGCAUCAACGUCUUGAAGCCGCAUUGUAAAAGCUCUCUAUAUUAUCACAUUUGCAAGCGUGACAAGUCGAUCCUGGCACAAUGUGCAAACAGGCAGAUCUUCGACAAUCGUUUGCAGCGAUGCGUUUCCUACGAUUCAAGUAAUUUAACUCCCAGUAUUAUUCCACCAGACGACUACACAUAUUACGAUCACGUUAGAAUGCCACGUUGCACAAGAUAUGGUCGAUUUCCCGUGCCUGGCCACUGUUCCAUGUUUUACACAUGCGAUACGAACGGACAUCGACUUCAUCAGAGUGUCUUUAAGUGCCCACAAAAUACGGGAUAUCAAGUGGACAGAGGAGUUUGCAACAUUGUGGCAGAUUGUGUGAAUGACAAUUCGGUGGAUACUACAGUUUGUGUUCCAGAUGCCCCGAGCGAAAAUGUGGAAUCUUCACGUCUCGAUGAAGCUGUAGACGGAAAUGUGAAAGAAAUCUCAGAAAUACUUAAAGAAAGUAAAGCCAACACACACGAUCCUAUAGUAGAAAAAGAGGAAAAUGUAAAUUUUAAGAAUUUCGAUGAUAUUAUCACUACCCCUGUAAAUAUAAUAGGAUCACUGUCAGAAAAUAAUUAUAACGAUAACGAUAUGGAAGAGUCAAGUAACAACGCGAGUUCGUUAAAUCCAAUCAAAGAAGAUUUAAUUUCUGAAGGCAGCGACGAAAAGAUAAUGUACAGUCAAACUCCGAAUCAGCUUGAAACUCUGCAAAAAGUAUCUGACGAAGGACAGAACGAAGAGGAUGGAUCAUCACUAUUAAAUUUACGAAUUACAUCCCCAUUAACGACAGAACUCGAUGACACACCGCAUUCGAUUGCGGAACAAUAUAGAAACAACGAAGACAGCACAGAAUCUACUCCAAUUAGUGACGUUUCACCGAAUAUAAAUGAAAAAAUGCAAGAUGCAACUACAGAGCAAUAUAAAAAUAACGAAGACGACAUAGUGUCGUCAUCAAAUUUGAAUACUGAUUCUGAUGAUCUGUAUUCGGCACCAACAAUUAGUAAUGUACCAGAAUCGACUUCAAUCAAGGAUGUGUCAUUAAAUGCAGAUGAAAAAAUGCAAGAUGCGAUUACGGAACAAAAUAGAAGCAACGAAGAUAGCACAAUGAUGCCAUCAAUCUUUAAUGCUGAUUCGACACCAACAAUAAGUAAUAUACCAGAAUCCUCUCCAAUCAGCAACGUGUUACCGAAUAUAGAUGAAAAAAUGCAAGAUGUAAUUACGGAACAAUAUGAAAACAAUGAAGACAGCACAUUGAUGUCAUCGAAUUUCAAUACUGAUUCGGUUGAUCAAUAUUCGACACCAACAAUAAGUAAUGUACAAGAAUCUACUCCAAUUAGCGACAUAUUACCGAAUAUAAAUGAAAAAAUGCAAGAUGCAGCUACAGAACAAUAUAAAAGUAACGAAGACAGCAUAGUGUCGCCAUCGAAUUUGAAUUCUGAUUCUGUUGAUCUGUACUCAACACCAAUGAGUAAUGUAUCAGAAAUUUCUCCAAAUAGCGAUGUGUCGCCGAAUGUAGAUGAGAAAAUGCAAGAUGCGAUUGCAGAACAAAAUAGAAACAACGAAGACAGCACAAUGAUGCCAUCGAAUUUUGAUACAGAUUCGGUUGAUUCGGCUUCACCAAUAAAUAAUGUACCAGAAUCUUCUCCAAUCAGUGAUGUGUCGCCGAUUGUAGAUGAAAAAAUGCAAGAUGCGAUUGCGGAACAAAAUAGAAACAACGAAGACAGCACAAUGAUGCCAUCGAAUUUUGAUACAGAUUCGGUUGAUUCGACUUCAACAAUAAAUAAUGUAUCAGAAUCUUCUCCAAUCAGCGACGUAUCACCGAAUAUAGAUGAAGAAAUACAAGAUGCGAUUCCGACACAAGGACAUAGGAAUAACGAAGAUUACACAAUGAUGCCGUCGAAUUUUAAUACAGAUUCGGUUAAUCAGUACACGCCACCAAUAGUAAGUAAUGUAGCAGAAUCUUCUCCAAUUAGCGACACGCUGUCAAAGAUAGAUGAGGGAAUGCAAGAUGAAGCUACAGAACAAUAUAGAAAUGACGAAGAUAGUGUAGUGACUCCAUCGAAUUUUAAUACAGAUUCGAUUGAUAAAUAUUCUGCACCAACAAUAAAUAAUGUACCAGAAUCUUCUCCAAGCAACGUGUCACCGAAUAUAGAUGAAAAAAUGCAGGAUGUGAUUACAGAAGAAUAUAGAGACAACGAAGAUAGCAUAAUGACGCCAUCAACUUUGAAUACAGAUACGGUUAAUCAAUACCCGGCACUAACAGUAAGUAAUACAUCAGAAUCUUCUCCAAUUAGCAGUACAUCAUCGAAGAUAGAUGAGGAAAUGCAAGAUGCGGAUACAGAACAAUCUAGAAACAAUGAAGACAGUACACUAAUGCCAUUGAAUUCUGAUUUGGUUGAUCUGUACUCGGCACCAACAACAAGUAAUAUAUCAGAAUCCUCUCCAAUCAGUGAUAUGUCAUCAAAUCUAGAUGAAAAAAUGAAAGAUGCGAUUACAGAAGAAUAUGGAAACAAUGAAGACAGUAUAGUGACGCCAUCAAAUUUUGAUACAGAUUCAGUUAAUUCGGCUUCAACAAUAAAUAAUGUACCAGAAUCCUCUCCAAUCAGUGGUGUGUCGCCGAAUGUAGAUGAGAAAAUGCAAGAUACGAUUGUGGAACAAAAUAAAAACAACGAAGACAGCACAAUAAUGCCAUCGAAUUUUGAUACAGAUUCGGUUGAUUCGGCUUCAACAAUAAAUAAUGUACCAGAAUCUUCUUCGAUCAGCGACGUGUCAUCGAAUAUAGAUGAAAAAAUGCAAGAUGCAACUACGGAACAGGACAGAAUAUAGAAAUAACGAAGACGACACAUCAAAUUUCAAUAUCCAGUUAAUCACAGAUAGUCCGAGGUAUGAUAAUUCUGAUAUAUUAUCUUCUCCAUUGACACUUGCGAUUUUGCCGCUACAAGCAGCUGUUGAUCAAAUUGUCACAGAAGGAUUAUCCGAAACUACUCCGUCAAUAGACAGUAAAAUUGCAGAUGCUAGUUCAUGCUAGUCAUUUGCACCAGAUGGAGUCGAAAAUUUUUCUGCUCGAUAUUUACCGACAAUACUGAUGAAUUAUAUUUAACACCAACGACGCAAUCUCACUUUUUCAAAAGAAGUAACUGCACUGAGUGACAUUGCAACUACAAUACAAGACCCUAUCUAUUUCAGACAUAGAUCUGGUAAAAUAGUAACGAUAGCACGGAAAUAUCU